AUGCGGUCGUCCAUAAUUAACCUGGUGUUGUCACUGCUCGCAAGUGCUGCCACCACGAUUGCGGAAGACGAGCCUAUUAAUUACGAUGGCUACAAAGUCUUCCGCAUCAAUACCCACGGACACACUUCGGCCAUUCGUGAGCAAUUGGAGCCUCUGUCACUUGACGAAUGGAACCAUGAGAUUGACCACGUCGAUGUUGCGGUUUCGCCAACCCAACUGGCCACCUUUGAAGCACUAGGGCUCGAAGCUCAUGUAAUGCACGACAACCUGGGUAGCUCGAUUGCCGCUGAGUCCCCUUCCACUGCCACAUGGAAGCGUCAGGCCAAUGAUCCGUCCUGGUUCGAUUCAUACCAUAGUUAUGAAGACCACAUCGAAUAUUUCCGCGACAUUCAGGCGACAUACCCUAACAACUCCGAGUACAUCUCGUCCGGUUCUUCGGUUCAGAACAGGAGCAUCUAUGGUCUCCAUCUCUGGGGGGCUGAUGGCCCCGGAAAGCCAGCCGUCCUGUAUCAUGCCACUGUCCAUGCUAGGGAGUGGAUUGCUGCACCUGUUGUAGAGUACAUCACAGUACAAUUACUCCAAGGGUUUGAAAGUGGAGACGAGGAUGUUCAAGCCCUCCUGAACAAAUACGACUUUUAUAUCUUUCCCUUUGUGAACCCAGAUGGCUUCGUUUAUACACAAACAACAAACAGACUUUGGAGAAAGAACCGCCAAUCACCACCACCUCCUCCAGCUGAUCAAUCUUGUUACGGUCGGGAUAUAAAUAGAAACUGGGAAUUUGCUUGGGAUGCCCCUAAUGGAGCAUCUACAAACCCUUGUUCUGAGACCUUUAAAGGUCUUGCGGCAUCUGACACCCCAGAGAACCAAGGACUAGACAAGUUCGUGCGCCAACUUCGCGACGGCGCGGGAAUCAGACUGUUCAUCGAUUGGCACAGCUACGGCCAGUACAUCCUCUCCCCGUAUGGCUAUCGUACCGACGUAUAUGCACCUGAGCUAGAAAAAUGGACCCAGGCAUCUGCCCUGGUCAGUGAGACGAUCCGUAACAGCUCGUCACGGCAAACAACGUUUACUUACGGCCCCAGCGGUGCUACUCUCUACACGACAACCGGUGCUGCGCCUGAUCAUGUCUACAGUAUUGGCGGAGCUAACUUCUCGUACACAAUUGAGUUGCCGGACACUGGACGUUAUGGAUUUGUUCUUCCUCCACAGCAGAUCAGGCCCACUGCCGAAGAACUUUGGGCCGGCCAGCAGGUAUUGCUCGGCCUGUUGGAUGAGGAUCUCAGCGAGUAG